GACGAUGCUGCCGCUUGUGUUGCUGGCAUUCGCCGCUCUGCUGCUGGCCCUCUGGUUCUGCUGGAGUCGCCCAUCCCCGGAGCAGCGAGGCCGCCGACCUGUCCCCGGGCCCCGCUCGCUGCCGCUCAUCGGAAACCUGGCCGACCUCAGGCGCACAUCCCUGCACGUCCACCUCCGGCGGCUAGCAAGGACCUACGGGCCGAUCUACAGGCUCCGCUUAUUGAGACAAGAUAUAAUUGUCCUGAACAGCAGCGAACUGAUCAAGGAAGCCCUGGUGAAGAGACCGGCCGAGUUUGCUGGGCGUCCGCGAACGUUCGUCGAUAUUAGACAAUAG